UGCGCAAGCAAAAUCAUCCCAGAGAGACUAUUAGGGGCCCAACUACAAAGAUGACGCCUGUUUGUAGUUAUUGGUUGGCGCUAGCGAGCCUGAAUUUCAUGCUGAUGACAGGAACUGUGGCACAGACAGAGUCACUGCAAGACUCGAGUCAUCUCAGAAACACAGAUGAUUACAGCAAUGCAACGGGAACCUGCGAAAAUUACGACAGCCAAAUGACCUGUGCCUUCAAACCACCCCAACCACUCUGUUUUUGUGAUGAUCUUUGUACAAAGUUCAACGACUGUUGUAAAGACCCUCCUGAAACUGCAAGCUCAAAGCCCGCUUCUUCUUUGCAACGUUUGACGGGAAACGAUCUCAGGCCAUCAAAUGAAACCACCAGUGACGUAUUUACCAACUUAGACUACCACGCAUGCGUGGUUGUACCAACAGAAAUAGCCGAGUUCACAAUUUUCCGUGGGUGGUACACUCAACCAUACGGCGUCUGGAUGGUUUCCAAGUGUCCGCCAUCUUGGAAUGACGUCAUCAUCCGGAAUCGCUGCGAAGCGCCCUCUGUUGGCGAUUUUGAUUUGAUGGUUCAGCUUCCAUUCGCAUCACACAACAACAACAUGACGUCAUUUCGUAACAUCUACUGUGUGCUGUGUCACAGUCUGCAGUUGUCAAGUGUGAUGAGUUGGGACAUCAAGAUAUCAGCUGCUGUCCUUCAAGAUUGGAAAGCUGACAAUUAUUCCGUAUCGAUGAUUGAAAUUCUUAAAUCAUCACCCAAUUUAGACAGAACCCAACCUAAUAUUCAAUUCGUACCCACUGACUUAAGCUCAAGAGCAUGCCUCCCAAAUAUCAUUGACGCAUGCCCAGUUGGGUAUGACAACCAAUUCGUAAUCGGGCAAUGUAAAUCUUACAUGAACGCUGCAGUGAACCCACUAACAAAAGUUAUAUACAGGAAUUGGUACUGUGCACUGUGCAAUGGUGGAAUCGACCCGCAAAUAAACAUCUGUAACUCUUUCAGGUUGCUACCAUCUUUGUUAUUUACAACGCCUCUAACGGCAGUUAUAGACUUCAGAGAAAGUGAGAGUUUACAUUCCUACUUUGGUGAAGAGUUUCAAACUGCCUGUGAGGAGGGUGAGUUUUUAGAUCCAUUCUCGCUUCGCUGUCGGGUUUUGCAGUGUCCACUGGGAUUUGGAUAUGAAGAUGGGGUCUGUCUACAAAAAGCUUCAAGUGCACUUGAGGAUGAUAUAACUGAUAAUCAAAACUGCCUCUCGCCAAGUUAUAUGGAAAUUGAAGUGGUUGUUUGUGGACAUGAUGAUGAAAACCCAUGCGAGUCGUUGAGCAAAUGUCUGCAAAUGUCUUCACAACCCGAUAUUCCGAUACACAGGUGCGUUUCUAAACUGGAAAAUGUGCAAAAAGCUUCGGACUUCAACUGCUCCAGUGUGGUGCGCAUUAUCCAAACGGUAAACACAACUGUCCACAACUUGAGUGAUGUUAUAGAGAACAUGUUUGGAUGUCCUUUUAUGGACACCGUACACCAUCUGAGUGUAAAAAUUGGCUGUUUGUCUUCAUCCAACAUCAGUUGCUAUGACUACAACACUUCUGAUGAUAGUGACGUGUAUUUGACAUCUUGGAACAACUCGGGUGUUGUUUACGUUCGCCAUUUUAAUGGUCUGUACUCAUUGGAGGAAACAGUUUACCAGAUAACUUACAUACAAAAAAGAAACAAGUCUUUAAGUAAAGAAUACAAACUCGCCAUCUGUGGAGAACCUAUUCAGUUGAAUUGCUCCUUGGUGGCAUUGGAUAGCAGUGACUUUGUUCUUAAAGAGGAUGCACAGCGAACAGAUACAAACUAUCUCAUCCUCGACACUGGGGGCGCUCUGGUAUGUCACUAUCUAGUCUCCAUCAAAGAGCCAGGCGUGCAUGGUUUAACCAUAGUGACACUUAUUGGUAUCAUUCUAUCCAUGUUGGCACUUGUGGCAAGUUUUAUCACCUAUCUGGUGUUUAAGACUAUACGUAACCUACCAGGUAAAUGCGUCAUGUCACUUAUUGUGGCUGUCUUCUUGAGUCAGUUCUUACUUCUGAUCACAGGAGAUGAUGUUGCCAAGUCUGUAAGUAAAGCAUCCUGCACCGUCCUGGCAGUGUUUCUUCACUACUCCAUACUUGCAACAUUUAGUUGGACCAACGCUCUUGCAUUGUACCUGGCCAGGACUCUCGGACCGAAAGCUAAGCCAGCGGCCGCAACCCAGCAUCGUAAAUCCUUCUUGAUGUACAGUAUAUUCGGCUGGGGAGCACCUUGCCCAAUAAUAAUCAUCUGCAUCAUCAUCUACGCGUCAUUGGAUAACGCCCUCUACGGCGUGUCUGUCGGAGUCAACGGAACACGAAGUUGUUACAUCAUUGAUCGAUACGCCAGGUUAUUGGCCAGUUUGAUCCCAAUCUGUGCGUCUCUUGUGACAAAUGCUGCCCUUUUCGUCUGGAUACUGACAGGGUUUACGUUUAGAAGGACCCCCUCUGCUAAACUUUAUUCCAAGAAAGUUCAAAAGAGCCGUGCAAGAAGAGACGUUCUAAUUUCUCUCAAGAUUGGAUUUCUGUUGGCGUUCACCUGGAUAUUCAACCUUCUGGCAAUCGCAGUGGACAGCGAACCCCUGAUGUACAUCUUCUGCAUUCUAACCUCCAUUCAAGGCGUUUACAUUUUCCUGGCCUUUACGUUUACAAAACAAGUGAGGGCGCUAUGGAGGGAAAAACUCGGGUUAAAGCAAGAGUCUACACCAGGCAGGACAAACAUACAGAAAGGGAAGAAAGUGUUGUCAUCGUCGCAUGAGAAGAAAGAUCUGUGUGGGAGGCAUUCACCAUCAGAGCAUAUUGAUACAGCACAGUGACGUCACAAGUAAUGAAUGAAACUGUUUUUAAACAUGAAGGCCUAUGUCACAUCGAACCAUGAACAAAAUAUAUUUAUGAUGGUAUUUACCGUCUUCUAUAGUUAAAAGUUAAAUGUUCUUCCACAAAUAAAAUACUUUGGCUUAUAUAUAAAUAAUAAACAUCGAUCCUGCAGUACUGUUCCUCAAUGGCCAAUUGACUUUGUCCUGAGGCAUGGGAAAACAGGCCUGCAGCCCAUUUUUCGAAACGCUAGGAUUUAUCAUAUAUCGAGUGUUAAAAGACGAGUAAACGAUCGUCCUAACGUAGGAUUGGUUCAAUAAGCAUCAUAACGUCUAUGGGUACGGAACUUAACUCGUCAUAUAAGAUGAAUCCUUAGUUUAGGAAGAGUUUGGUUAAAUUGAUCGACAAAAUGUAGCAUAUAUACGUAACGAAAUAAAGGUUGCCAGCCAAAACACCUAUGUCACAAGUGGUGUCUACCACUGCUAUAUCCCGCUCGUUUCCGCAGUUUAACCUUUCAGAAACCUUUCAGGUUUUCUUCGACAGAGGGCGCUAGUUGCAAACUCAUUUCCGUUCUACCCGUUUGUGCUGAGAUAGUGGCUAUGGCUGCAGCUGUAGCUCAGGGUGUUGCAAUGGGCUUACAUAUGCUUCAACGGUUGUUUAAGUGAUGAUCAAGCCAUAGCAGUAGUCAUCGCUAACUCUGACACAGCAUAAGUGCUGACUAAAUUACUUCUUAUAGCUUAUACAGGCCUAAAACCGGCACUUCCAUAAAGUAUUGGAACUUUGCACAGGGCACCACAGCAAAAACACAGGGCACCACAGCAAUAGCUGUUAUAUUGUCGUGGGUUUUAAGUAUCUGUAAAAUAUCUUAAUUAAGACCUAAUAAUGUUUGUUUUGUGCACAUGCAUAGUUUCUUUUUUGUUUGGUAUUUAAUAAUGCUUUAUAAAAUCUCACCGCACAUUGAAUUGCUCGCCGCCUGCCACUCAUUAUAACCACUACAAAUAAACCGGGAAUGAGUGCAACCUUCAACAAUGCUUUGAAAAUUCCAAUGAUGUAUUACACCACACUCUACUCCAUUCCGGGAUUAUAUUUUCUAUAUUUGCAUUAGGGAUUCCCAUUCCUAUUCGGCAAAGUUCAAGGAUGCCAACGGACAAGGAUGAACUAAUUGUGAACUUCCGGUUGGCAUAGUUACGGUUGUAUGGGGUUGGAGUUAUCUAUUUGAUCUGGAAGAAAUCAAACAUGGAUUGAAAUUCCUAGAAUGAGUCAGAUAUUUAUCAAAACAAGAUUGUGGUGUUUUGAAAUUCGGAAUAGUAUGAAAAGAUAUGCGGUUUUGGUUUGUUGAAAAUAAACGAUGACUGGGAUUCACCUCCCUCUUUUGCCUCCAAUCCCCGCCCACCCGUACCUAUGCAGCAGUGAUGUGUAAAGUACAUAUGAUUUUUCAAAAAUAUGACGCAUUUUUAUUUUUUUAUUUUUUUAUCUUAACCUCAAAGGAAACUCGACCAACUCACAGAAGGGAAGUAAACACAAACGGUUGACAACAGCCAAUCUCUCUCAUAUUGUUCAAACUUAGGUUUAACUGCAUAAAUCAAUAAAUUGUGAUCCAGUAACUAGACGAUAAUACUUAUUUCUAGUUAUUGUAAAAUCGGCUGCUAGCUUGAGGGAGUUGAACCCAAAACCUUGCAAUUGCAAGUCAUGCAGUCUUAACCACUGGACCAUCUUGAUCAAGUUAAACGGGUCAAUUUGCCAAACCAUGAAUUUAAGCAGUUUGCUGGAAAAUCAUAAUUUAUAAGAAGUUUGCACGCUGUAUCUUCAACUCGGUGGAAAUCUGCAUAUUGUGAAACAAAAUGAGUUACAAAUUUGUACACAUAGUUUUGUACCCACAUUGGCAAUAUUUAUUAAUUUUCAACAUUAGUGGCCAGUUGUAGUCAUAAAGUGGUCUACCGUCGCCAUGUUAUCCUCAGAUAAAGAGAUUGAACGUUCAGCAGGGUCGUUGAACCAAAAUCUGAGAUGAGCUUCGGCUUAAUGUAUUUAUAAUUUAAUAAUCAAUAACAAUUGUGACGAAGGAAUUCUGUCAAACCACAAAGUGGUAGUGCAUUUUGUGUACACAGAAAGCAGAUAUGUUAAAUUUGCAUCGGGGAUAAGGAAUAUUAAUUUUGGUUUUUACCCAUACACCGAUGUGUGUUAGCACUGUA